AUGGUCGUCAAAGUCGGUAUCAACGGUUUCGGUCGUAUUGGCCGGAUCGUCAUGCGCAAUGCCAUCGAGAACCAGGACAUCGAGGUCGUUGCCAUUAAUGAUCCCUUCAUCGAGUUAGACUACAUGGUUUACAUGUUCAAGUACGACACCGUCCACGGUCGCUUCAAGGGCGACGUCCACACCGCGGACGGAAAGCUCUACAUUAACAACAAACCAAUCCACGUUUUCGGCGAGCGGGACCCUAGCAACAUUAAGUGGGGUUCGGUCGGCGCUGAGUACAUCGUCGAGUCCACUGGUGUCUUCACUAGCAUCGAGAAAGCCUCUGCUCAUCUCAAGGGUGGUGCAAAGAAGGUCAUCAUCUCCGCUCCUUCGGCAGACGCACCCAUGUUUGUCUGCGGUGUCAACCUUGAGUCUUAUGACCCCAAGUACACCGUGAUCUCCAACGCCUCCUGCACGACCAAUUGCCUUGCGCCUCUCGCCAAGGUGAUCGAUGACAACUUCGGCAUCGAGGAAGGUCUUAUGUCCACUAUCCACUCGACGACAGCCACCCAGAAGACCGUCGACGGUCCUUCCAACAAGGACUGGCGCGGUGGUCGUGCUGUUAACAACAACAUCAUCCCGUCCUCCACGGGUGCCGCCAAGGCAGUCGGCAAGGUUAUUCCUUCACUGAACGGCAAGCUCACUGGUCUUUCCUUCCGUGUUCCCACUUUGGACGUCUCCGUCGUUGACCUCGUCGUACGCCUCAAGAAGCCCGCCACCUAUGAUGACAUCAAGAAGGCAGUGAAGGCCGCCGCUGACGGCCCUCUCAACGGCAUCAUGGCCUACACCGAUGAAAGCGUCGUCUCGACGGAUUUCCUCGGCCACCCUGCAUCGAGCAUCUUCGAUGCCACUGCGGGUAUCAUGCUUAACAAGCAGUUCGUGAAAUUGAUCGCAUGGUACGACAACGAGUGGGGCUACUCGAGGCGCGUGUGCGAGUUGCUCGUGUUCGCUGCCAAGAAAGAUGCGGAAUCGCAAAACUUAAACGUGCGUGUCGAAAAUGUCAGGGAGAGGACCCUUUCUGCAAAACUUUUAGCAAAACUUUCGUUGCUCCUCAAUCACUUCACAUUUUCUUUUGAAACUAUGUAA